CAAUAUUGCGAGUAUGUGGGUGCACUGAUAUAAUACCAUAUCCUAAAGCUAAUAAUAGAAAAGAAUUCUGGAGUCAAUCAGAUAACCCAGCUGCUGACAAAGCUAAUUUGAAAAUGCUUUAUAAACUUGGAUGCUUAAAAGCUGAUUUAAAAGAUUCAGAGGAAGAUGAUAAUGCAGAGAAUAAUAGUGUAAAGAAUGAUAGUAUAGAGGAUAAUAUUAUGUCAGAUAUGGUUAAAAAAAUGCUUGAACAAAUGUUCUUGCAAAGGAAUAUUCAUGCUAAGGACCAGAUGAUGGCUACUGAUAUGUAUAAUAGGUUGAAAGAAUUUGCAAAUAAUGGUGAGUUAGAGCAAGAUGAAGUGCCAAAAGUCUUAACAAUCCAAAGAUAG